UGCAUUCGCCCGUGACCAACGCCAGUGUUUCGCGACCGGUACAUUCAAUUCUUCAUUAAAAUGGUAUCAACGUUACUACAUAAAUGCUUUGUAAUAUUUUUUAUACUAAAGUGCUGCCGAGCCGACGAAAAUUUGGGGUGGGGAGAAAACAUUACCAAGUUGUAUGAGUUGAUCUCAAGUGCCGUUAAAGAUGGUAUCGAUCUCAAAACUCCACAAUUAACUAGAAGAAUAUCUGUAAAUGACUCGUUAUACCAGGUACACCUGAGUAAACUAAAAGACGUAAAUGGAAUUAAAAUGCAUAAUAUUGUUAUCAAACGCAGCGGUCCGGAUAUUAAUUCAACAAUAUAUAUUAAUAAUCCUUUAGAAGCUAAAUUACCGCACCCUUUCAUGUCUUUUGAAGAAUUUAAAAAUACAUUAGUACAACAACAACUUAAAGACAGGGAGGCGUUUUUGAGAUCGAAAAAGAAAGAGGUAUACAGUAAAAUGUGGGCUGACAUAAAAGCUACGGCUAAAUUAAAAACAACAUCCACUUUACCAAAACAAGCUCGUCAUGAAGGAAAAUUAACAAAGAAAACUGGAAGUGACUUAAGCAAUACUAAUAAUAAAAGUAAAUCGAAGAAGGAGCAAGAGCAUAAAUCAAAUACAACACAUAUUAAUAAACAAACAACGCAUACGAAUACAGUUAAUAAGUCUUCUACCGCAUAUUUCCACGUUAAGCUUCUAGAUUUAUGGCAAAAAAAUCCAACAACGGACAGUUCACCUACCAAUAAAGCCGACAAGAACAGCAAAAAUUCAAAAAAUAUGAACGUAGUAAAUCAAGCAGUUACCACAAAACCGAGUAAUGUUAACAAAGAUCAAUUAUCAAUUGUUGAAGAAUCAAAAACGAAUACGGAACAUAUAUCAAGCACAAUUGAUGGAACAACUAUUAAAGAAGAACUAGCUGCUAGUAAUGAUAAUCAUGUAUUAAGUACCAUUGAUGGAAAAAUAGCAAAUAUAGUAGGAGAAGCAACUACAAUUGAUGAAGACGUGUGGAAGGGUGUUGAUGAAAAGGAACUGACAAAUAUAGAUAAUCAAAGUGAAGAAACGAGAACCGAAGAAUUAACAACCGAACCUACUACUACUACAACAACUCUUCCUACGCCCACUACUACUAGAGCGAGAUGGAGUAAACCUCGCGUGCUUUUGGGGGACAAGCCAGAAAAUGCUUCAACAUCUACUACUUAG